AGCAGCAACGGCGUAUUGUCACGACGAAGGGGCGUUAGUUUCACGUAAAACAACCAUUCAUUUCUUAUUUUGAACCCAUAUUACAAGAGAUUCCGAUUCGGAUUUUGUUGAUAGUGGUUUAAGAAAGGACUGUUAUAGAGCUAUGUAGAAAAUAAAGAAAGGAACGUUUCCGGCGCUGUUUGGAUUUGCCUUUACCUUCCAUCGCCUAAGGGUGGCGCAGAUGUGCCAUUUCGCGGAGAAGCCUCCACACCUCUGGCCUCCUCCAUUGGUUUUGUCAUCUUUUUCCAGUCCCCGUCUGUGUCUGGACCCCGCAGUGUUCUCCUAAGGUCUGUUCGUGUAGAGUUGGUUUAGCCAUCGUUCGCUUUAAUUCUAUCAUGUCCGCCAGAGUCCAAAUCUGACUGAUCUUUUAACCCUUCACUCGUUCUUGGGGGUUUGAAGGAAUUAUCCACCCCCCUUGGAUUUCUUUGGAAUAAACAUAGCUAUUUCUUAAGGAAUACACCAUUCAUGUCAAUGCUUCAACAUGCAGCCCCCGCCGAGAAAGGUAAAAGUGACUCAGGAGCUGAAGAAUACUCACAUAGAGCAGAUGACCAGACUGCACCUCAAACAUCAGACAGAAUGUGACCUGCUGGAGGACAUGAGGACAUACAGUCUGAAGAAGGGCCAGUUGGAGAGGGACUAUGCCCAGGCUCUGCAGAAGCUGGCCAGUCAGUACCUGAAGAGGGAUUGGCCAGGCAUCAAACCAGACGACCAACGCACAGACUACAGGAAUGUGUAUGCGGUGUGGAGGUCCUAUCUGGAGGGGACAGUACAGGUGACUCAGUCUCGCAUCAACGUUUGUGACAACUACAAGAAUGAGAUCUCAGACCCUGCUAAAACUGUACGGCUAUACAAGGAACAGCAGCUCAAAAAGAGUAUAGAACAGUUGAAUCGUAUCCAGGUGGAGCUGCAGGACUCGGUGAAGGACCUGGCCAAAGCCAAGAAGAAAUACUACGACUCAGAACAGGUGGCUCAGGCCGUUCGAGAGAAGGCUGACAUCGAGGCCAAGUCAAAGCUGGGUCUGUUUCAGUCCAGGAUUAGUUUACAGAAAGCCAGCGUUAAGUUGAAAGCCAAGAGGAGUGACUGUAACUCUAAAGCAACCCAUGCCAGGAAUGACUACCUGUUAACCCUGGCAGCAGCCAACGCUCACCAUGACCGCUACUAUCACACAGACCUGCUGCACUGUAUACAGGAGUUGGAUGGAGGGAUAUAUGUCCACGUGAAGGACUAUCUAAUCUCUAUCUGUCGGACAGAGCUGGAGGCCUUUCAGGCCAUUCACAACACCUUCCAGUUCCUACUGGACAAAUCCAACCGGGUGAGACAGGGUGUGUGUGUGUGUUUGUGUAUAUGUGUGUGUGUGUGUGUGUGUGUGUGUGUGCGCAUGCGUAACCCUGUAUAUCUCUGUCUCUCUCAGGUGAUGCAGGAGUUUAACCAGCAGCUCUUCAUGCAGGAGAACCCUGUGCUUCAUAAAGCACAAGACUUCCAGUUCCAACCCAGCGACUGCGACACUACUCUGAGCUCGGUGCAGAAGUUGGUGGACAUUGAGCCUUCGCCCGUCAGUGUAAUGAGAAUGACCCUGGCACAGAGUCGUAAGUUGGAGUCAGACACUGGGAGCCAGGCAGAGGAGCACAGUCUGAACAAGGAGGCCAGGAAGUGGGCAACCAGAAUGGCCCGAGAACACAAGAACAUCGUCCACUACAAGAGAUACCUGGAGGAGUGUGAGACACUGGGAGUCCCUCAAACAGAGCAGGGCCGGCUUGAUCUGGAGCUGAAGAUGGAGGAUACCAAAGAGAACAUCCGCAAGGCAGAGACAGUAAAGCUGAAGGCAGAGGCUCGUCUGGACCUGCUGAGACAGGUGGGUGUUGCCGUGGAUACCUGGCUGAAGAGCGCCAUGAACCAGGUGAUGGAGGAGCUGGAGAAUGAGCGCUGGGCUACAGUAAACUACACUACCCACGAUCCCUCACUCUCGGGCCCGGUUGACCUGGAGCGGUCGGAGGGGGAGGAGUGUGAGGAGAACAUGGAGGUGUUUGAUGACAGCAGCUCCAGCCCCUCGGGGACCCUCAGGAACUACCCACUCACCUGCAAAGUCCUCUACUCAUACAAGGCGUCUCAGCCAGAUGAGUUGAGUAUAGAGGAGCAUGAGAUGUUGGAGGUCAUAGAGGAUGGAGACAUGGAGGACUGGGUCAAGGCGAGGAAUAAGAGGGGGCUGAUUGGCUACGUACCAGAGAAGUAUCUUCAGUUCCCCACCUCUAACAGCCUACUGAGCAUGCUCCAGUCUCUAGCUGCUCUGGACGCACGCUCACACACCUCCUCCAACUCCACCGAGCCAGAGAUACACACAGGCAGCAUCAACGGAGACGCCAGCUUGAGUUUUGUGCGAGCGCUGUAUGACUACGCGGGCCAGGCGGAUGAGGAGCUGUCCUUCCCAGAGGGGGCUGUCAUCCGUCUGCUCAACAGAGACACCCAAACGGACGAUGGCUUCUGGGAGGGAGAGUUUAACGGACGGGUGGGAGUCUUUCCUUCUGUACUGGUGGAGGACCUGAUGGAGAACGGAGCACACACACUGAUCUCUCCAUCUUCGAGGCUGCCCUCCUCCCUGCCACCCCUCCCUCUGUAUGACCAGCCCCCCUGCAGCCCCUACGCCACCCCAGACACCCCCACCCCUCCGCCCCUCCCUCGAUCACCCUCUGUCAACGGGGAACACAAGCCACCUCCCACAAUGCACAAGGGACCCACUCACAAUCAUAGUUCAGCUCUGAGUCCAGUGUCUCCAGAGUUCCCCCAGCCCCCCCGGUUCACUCCCGAUGGAGGCCCCAGCAAACUACGACCUGUACGUGCAGCCCCCCCGCCCCCUAAGCAGAAACCUCGCAAAAAGGCAGAGAAGACUGAGGAGGUGGAGAUCACACUGGUGUGACAGACAGAGGGACAGAUGCAGACCUGGAUGACUGACCUUUGACCUGGGCUUCACCUCUAACCUUUGAACCAUAGAACUCCCCCCCUUCACUCCCCCCUACCUCCCUCCACUGGGAAGAACUCCCCCUUCACUCCCCCCUACCUCCCUCCACUGGGAAGAACUCCCCCUUCACUCCCCCCUACCUCCCUCCACUGGGAAGAACUCCCCCUUCACUCCCCCCUAUCUCCCUCCACUGGGAAGAACUCCCCCUUCACUCCCCCCUAUCUCCCUCCACUGGGAAGAACUCCCCCCUACCUCCCUCCACUGGGAAGAACUACCCCUUCACUCCCCCCUACCUCCCUCCACUGGGAAGAACUCC